ACACUGAACAAACUGUGUGAGAAGCAAAACAACUCUUUUGAGAGAGAAAUGGCAUCCUCAAUGAUCUCCACCGCCGCCAUGGCUGCCCGCUCUGCCCCUGCUCAAGCCAGCAUGGUGGCUCCUUUCACCGGACUCAAGUCCGCCUCCGCCUUCCCCACCACCCGCAAGACCGCCGACAUCACCACCAUCGCCAACAAUGGCGGCAGAGUCUCAUGCAUGAAGGUGUGGCCCACUGAGGGACUGAAGAAGUUCGAGACAUUGUCGUACUUGCCCCCACUAACAAGGGAGCAACUCUUGAAGCAAGUCGACUUCCUUAUCCGCACUGGUCUCAUUCCUUGCCUCGAAUUCGAGUUGGAUCCAAAGAAUGCGUUCCCGCACCGUGAGAACAACAGGUCCCCAGGAUACUAUGACGGAAGGUACUGGACAAUGUGGAAGCUGCCCAUGUUCGGGUGCACUGACCCAGUCCAGGUCCUCAAGGAGCUCGAUGAGGCCGCCACCCAACACCAGGAUGCCUUUAUCAGAAUCAUUGGAUUCGACAACAACCGUCAGGUGCAGAUCGUCAGUUUCAUCGCCCACAGGCCCCCGGGCUACUAAGCAUUGGUUUCUCCUCUCUCCAUGAUUUCACGAGGCUGUGAAAAUGGAUGCUAGGGUUUUCCUACCUUUUAAUUUGUACCCAAACUUGUUUUGUGAACUUUCUUCGAUGGAAUAUAUUAGCAUAAAUAUCAUAUCAUCAACAAUCAUUGUCCUUUUUUUAUUUUUAAUAAUGCAUAUUUGUUUUUAAUUUCUUGUA